UUCUCACGUCCAUCCAUGUUAAUCUUCAAUCAUAUCUCCACCCCCUACACAACAAAACUCUUUUUUCCUUUUUAUUUCUUAUUUUAAUAUUGUGACUCUAAUUUAUUCAAAAGCCCUGUGUUCCUUGUUUGUUGAAGCGGAAAGGCUAAGUAAGCAGCCUCAGCCUGUGAUGUCCGUAUCUCCCCUCUCAAGUGUCUCUGAGCCAUUUCUAUACGCAAAACUAUCUAUUUUCCUCUGUCCUCUGUUCUUGUCUCCCUGAAUCUCCUUCAGCGUUUCCGUUCUAGCCAGUUUUACUCUGUAUUGUGAUACUUUGUCUAGAAUCCUCUGUGCCGUGUCCUCUGUUUUCUUGUUCAGUAAACUUUCAGAACGUUUCUUAGUUUUAGCUAUUUCCUGUGGUUAUCUAUAUUGUCAAACAAAGUCUUAUGUUGUGUCUUCUGGGUUGCUUUUAAUACCUCGUCAUGUUGCAUAAAUAAUUCUCAUAAAUUUGGAAGAAGAACCCGAACAAAUUUUUCCAUUUCUCUUUGUGAAAGAAGGUAGAGAGUUGGGUGGUUUUGGGUUUGAGGCCUGAAGAAAUGAAGGAGAAAGCAGAUUCCCCUGUUGGGGUUCUUGAGGACUACUUUCGAAGCUCAGAAUCCGACACAAGUUCUUCCAAAGAACCCACCGUAGAUUCUGAGGCUCAAGAUAAGUCAAAAUUUGCUUCUAAAUGGCGUGGAUUUCUGCAACAUCUGACGACCAGGUCUAAAAAAUCCUCACCUACCACCAUGCAUCCUCCUCUCAGUGUCCUCAAGCUGUCUAAGAGAAUGAGCAGAAGCAUGAGAGAGACUAUUUUUCCAAGUUCCCGCUUAGGUGCAGAUUCGUCUCUCCACAAUUCACCAUGGAAGAUCUUUACACACAGGGAAAUUCUACUCGCAACCAGUUCCUUCAGUCAAGAAAACCUUAUCGGGAAGGGUGGGUAUGCUGAAGUUUACAAAGGGUGCUUACCAGAUGGUCAGCUGGUGGCUAUUAAAAAGCUGACACGUGGAACCCAAGAUGAGAUUAUAAGCGACUUCUUAUCAGAACUGGGCAUAAUGGCGCAUGUUAAUCAUCCCAAUACUGCUAAGCUAGUUGGCUACGGCGUUGAAGGAGGCAUGCACCUUGUUCUUGAAUUCUCUGAAAAAGGAAGCUUAGCUUCAGUACUUCACGGUUCCAAGGAAAAUCUGCCAUGGUGCAUUCGGUAUGACAUUGCGUUAGGGACGGCCAAGGGUAUAUUGUAUCUCCACGAGGGCUGUCAAAGAAGAAUUAUCCACAGAGAUAUAAAGGCGGCAAAUAUCUUACUGACAGAGGAUUACGAGCCGCAGAUAUGUGAUUAUGGGCUAGCAAAAUGGCUGCCAGAGAACUGGACUCACCAUACCGUUUCAAAAUUCGAAGGAACCUUUGGUUAUCUUGCUCCUGAGUACUUGCUUCAUGGCAUAGUAGACGAGAAAACAGAUGUAUUUGCUUUUGGCGUUCUGCUGUUAGAAUUGGUCACUGGUAGGCGAGCCCUUGAUUAUUCACAACAAAGCCUUGUUUUGUGGGCAAAACCAUUGUUGAAAAAGAACAGGAUUAGGGAGCUGAUAGAUCCAUCACUAGGUGAUGCGUUCGAUACACGGCAGAUGAAUCUUGUGCUAUUGGUGGCUUCUUUGAGCAUACACCAGUCCUCAAUUCGCAGACCCUCCAUGAGACAGAUUGUGCAGCUUCUGAAUGGCAAUCUUAGCUGCUUUAAGAGCAUGAAGAAGAGUCGGUUGCCAUUUUUCCGAAAGCUCUUCCAGGAAGAGCUCCUUGAUUCUGAAUAGUGCAGAGGAACCAGGAAAGACAGACAUCUCAUGAUCCUUAUCUUCCCUUUUAGUUUUUCGUUUUUGGGAAAGAAAUCAGACUGCGCUGAAGCAGUUGAAAACUCUGCUCAGUACGUGAAGCACAAGGAAAGCAAGCUUUAGUCUUGCUUCUUGUGAGAAAUUUUUGUAGGGUUCAGAGAAAGGAUGUUGGAGAUAUUUCUUUCACCACCUUUUUUUUGAGCCAAACAAUGUUUUUUUUUAAAGACUAAUCUCACAUCAUAUGUAUAUAAUUAGAAUUUUUUUAGAAGAGAUCAAAUAUUGAGUUAUUUAAUUGAAAAAAAAUGCAUUCUUUU